AUGGCUUGCCUUCCGGCCAAGUUCGAGGUGGACGCGGACGGCCGCAAGGCUACCUGGAGAGAGCUCUUCCUGCAGCGAGCGCAGAGCCUCGUGGCACAGGAGAGGGGUGACACCGUCCGCGGCGGGUGGGACCCCGAAAUCGGCGCCCGGCGGGAGGUUCGGCUGCCGGAGCUGACCCCCGAGCAGACGCGAAGGAAGGAGUACUUCUAUCCGACGGCGGCGGAAGUGGAGGACAAGGUCCAAAAGCUGCAGGAACGACAGCGGCGGCUGGAGGACAAGCAAGCGAAGCUGGCACACGUGAAGGACGAGCUGCUUCCCGAGGCGAAAGAGGAGUACGCCAACGUGUUGGAAGACACCCGGCACCCGGCCAACAAGGAGGCGUUUAGGCCGGAGGACUUGAGGAGGGCGAGAGACGAGGCAAAGUCGGAGGUCGACAGGCUGGCGAAGGAAGCGAGACGCCUGGAGGGGGACGUGUCAUCGGCCAAACGUGCCCUGCGGGAGAGCCCGUACACCGUGGACUCCCUGCGAGCCGAGGCCGAUGCGACUCGACGGCUACUCUCGGAGCGUGCGAGGAAGCAGCGCCUCCUGGCAAAGCAGAAGCAGAAGGCCGCCACUGAAGCUGAAGCGGCCGCCACCGAAGUUGUAGCGGCCGCCACCGCAGGCAGUGAGUCGGGGGACGAGGUGGCGAUUGCGCUGGCGGCGAUAGUCACCGCUGUGGUGGAGAACGCGGAAGACGAGGAGGUGGAGGAGGGCUUGGAGGUGGAGGGGGCGUUCGAUCCGACCCCGGAGCUGCGGUCCAGAUUCGCCGACAAGAGCAGCUCCCUACGGUUUGUUACCGCGGACGAGGAGGCGCGGAUGCGGAAGGAGGAGCUGGCAAGCGUCUUCGCCGUCCGGGAUAAAGAGGCGGCGGCGACGAUGGCGGCCGCGGCGGCGACCGAGGAACUGCCGGCGGUGAGGGGAGCGUCAGGGAGCAGCACCGCCGCCGGGGGAGGUGAUGGCGACCAAGGUCGGGUAGUGGCGAGCGGGGAAGGCGCGCUCGACGGUGCUGCUAUAGCCGCUGACGGCGGCGGCGGCGGCGGCGGCGGCGGCGGCGGCGGCGGCAGCGGCGGCGGAGACGGAUCGCCUGCAGCCGGGAGUUCGGCGAUGAGACCAGGCCGCAUGAAAGCCUUCGGUGCGGUCCUGGAGAGGACGCUCAGCCAGAACUUGUUCGGGCGGGCGCCCCCCCCCGGUACUACCGCCCCCGCCGCCGCCGCCGCCGCCGCCGCCGCCGCCGCCGCCGCCGCGGGUACCGGGGCGGGCGGGAAGCCGAUGCCGAAGAAGGCAACGGCUGACGUUGCUGCCACCGCCCUGACGCCGCCGUGCAAGCCGAAGUCCAAAUUCUUCCGGUCCAUUGCAUCCCCGACCAAGCCGCCGAACGAUACCGGCCCGACAAGCCUCCCCCCGCCGCCGCCGCCGCCGCCGCCGCCGGCACCGAUGAUGGGGGGACUGCUUUCGCAGAUCCGGGCCCGCGGUGGAGGAGGCGCCGGCGACGCGAUGGGCGGACUUCUGGCCCAGAUUCGGGCGGCUGGCAGGGGUGACGCCGACGGUAAGGCCGUGAGCCCCGAGGGUGAGGCAUCGUGCGCCGCCGCCCCCCCGCCGCCUCCGCUGACGUUGCCGGUCCCCCAGAGGUCGCUGUUCGCGACCGCGGGUCCGAGCCGCGGUGCCCCCGCCGCCGUUCAGGGUCCCCCGCCGGAUUUCUUCGCGCAGGUGAGGGCUAAGGCCGCAGAGAGGCAGGCGUUGCGGCGCGCGGCAGAGGCGGGGUCCUCCAGCUAGAGGGAGUGUACCCUACCUUAAUUGGACCUAUUGACGCGACGGGAGAGAUGUGAAUUGGCCUGUUGGUCAGUCUUCGGUGCCCCGCCAAAACUUGGUUGGCGCUUGGAUGUCUUUCUGAUAGAACCAGAGAAAGCAUACCGUCAGGUUAGGGGACACGGCGGAAGGGACGACGUGGGUAUCGCCGUCUUGGAGAGUUGCUUAGGCCGGUGUCGUGUGUGGAGCUUCCGCAUUGGCUGUGUCUUGUGGAGAGGUGCGGUUGGACCGGAGGCCCCCACGAGACUUGUUUUGCUGUUGUCAUCUUGCUCUUCAGGCUGGCAAAUAGAUGGUACCGGGGGCAUGUCGGACGGGAAGCUGUGGGUUCUGCGGCAUUUUUUCUGUUCCGGUUGCUAGAGUUUCGAUAUCUGUUGUGAUCCACCAUUCCUAGGUGUCUUCCUGUCGUCGGAGCUGCGAUGGUAUUCGAUCUACGCGGGUAACGCCACAGCCUGAGUUUUUGGCAAUCGAAGGACCGAGCAUUUUUUUUUCCCCCAGAAAAGAAAACGUAUGUAUUAGCAGCGGCACCACACGGUUGCUCGAGUAAGACCCCACACACCUUCACACCUUACGGUCAUAUCGGCUGUUGUGGUGUCUAGUCUGCAAACGAAGCCGAUCGUGAGGUUAGGCCUUCUAUGUCCUGGUUGCAACUCUUCUUUACGUAUUCCGCGAGGGAGGCGAACGUCUGCGUUCGAGCGCAUCGUAUGAAACAUGCCAUGGAAAACCCCAUGGUAGAAGGGCGGCAGUGGCUCUCGGCAACCUCCGGACCCGUUUCUCACACGCACACGCCUUGCAGUAUCCCGUCAGACUACAUGAGGGUUUAUUGCGAAAGCCAGCGGUGUUUCAUUUCAGAGAGGAAGCGCUCGUCGUUAUUAUCGAGGGGGACUGGUGAGGGGGGGGAGUAAACAAACCAACAGGGAGGGGGAGGUAUUAUAUUGUUUCUUGGUGGUAGGUUGGUACUGUGUUUUCUUUUUUUUUGUAUUUUUGGUGCCGUUCGUCGUCGUGUUUGUUGUUGGGUGUGCUCUUCUUUCGUGUGCUCCCAGUUUGUCUAAAAAUGAAUAAUAAUUCCUGGGUGUCUGACGUAGACUAGAUAGCAUAGCGCGGGUGCGGUUGUCGCUCGGGGGAGAGAGGACACGCGAGAAACGGAGAGAUUGGGGGGGGGGAACUAGAGAGGAAGGACGACAAGUUGAGUUGAAGCAGGAGCGGGGUGUUGCGUUACCCUACCAUGCCAAUGAUACCGGCUUGUGUGUUGUGAGGGAGGCCGUUGACCGAGCGCGCAUGCUGUACAGAUGAAGCAUAAUAGAAGUCAUUUUUUUUUUUUUCGGUUUGUGUUGCCUGUGUGCUAGAUUUUUCUGCCCGCAUGCGGGGGGUAUCGGGGACGCUUCCGUAUGUAUCCUCUUGUUUGUGUGUGCAGGAGGUACAUCGCUUUGUCACGGGCAACUUGUCAAACUGUUCGCUAUUUUCAGGUGGGGUAGGGUAGGGUGCUGUUUCAGUUUCUAGGCAAGCCAUGGUUGCGUUGGGUGCGGGGAAGACGUAGUAGCCGUUCUUCACCUAUGCAGAGAAGGCCGUGGAACUCCAAUAGAUGUUUCUGUGUUCCCCGAACAUCGAAACUUUGGAUACUACUCUGUACCCGCAGGAAGCUGUUGCUGCUGAGAAAACAGUGAUCGAGUUACUACGUACGCAAAUUC